CGGGAGCGGCGGGGCGCAGUCGCCCGGGCCGCAGCGGGGAUGCACCGCGGAUCCCGGCGAGGAGCUGCUUCAGCAUGCUGCACGGCUACAUUGUUGAUAUUCUUCCCAAAAGCUUCAGCAAUGCAGAUACUAUGGACUAAUAGUAACUGAAACAAAAGACCUUGCUGUACUUCUCAGAGUGAAUUAGGAAUCCAAGGUCGAACAGCAAACUGCAGCACAACUUGCGUGGGUGCAGUUCAGCUGAGAUUAAAUUCCUUUUUGGCUGUCCAUAAACUGUGAAACAGAAGGAUGCAGAAGACUGUCCCUUGCGUUUUUGUACAUGAGAGAUAAGAGCACAAGAUCAUUACUACAAGUUUGCUGCAAAGAUGAGUUCAGAGGAGAAGAGUUUAUCUCCAGCUCACAAAACAUCCACUCCAUCACAUCGAAGUGCCUCCUCUUCAUCAUCAUCUCAGAGGGACAGGAGGCAGAGUGUUCAUAUUUUGGAGCGGAAAGCUUCUUCGGGAAGCACAGACCCUUCUUUAAGCAAGCAGUUCCUUGAAAGUGACCCUAUCUCUCUAUCCAAGGAACCUGACAGCUGGGAAAUCAUAGAGGGUCUAAAAAUAGGUCAGACCAAUGUCCAGAAGCCAGACAAACAUGAAGGUUUCAUGCUGAAAAAGAGAAAAUGGCCUCUAAAAGGUUGGCACAAGAGGUUUUUUGUCCUGGAUAAUGGAAUGUUGAAAUAUUCAAAGUCACCAAUUGAUAUACAGAAAGGCAAAGUCCAUGGGAGCAUUGAUGUUGGUUUAUCAGUUAUGUCUAUAAAAAAGAAGGCUCGUAGAAUAGACCUUGACACAGAAGAACACAUCUAUCAUCUGAAGGUGAAGUCACAGGAUUCGUUUGAUGCAUGGGUUUCAAAAUUACGCCACCACCGGUUGUACCGUCAGAAUGAGAUUGUGAGAUCUCCAAGAGAUGCUAGCUUUCAUAUAUUCCCUUCAGCCUCUACCACAGAGUCAUCACCAGCUGCUAAUGUGUCAGAUGGAAAGGUGCAACAAAAUAGCCUCCCUUGGCAGUCUGCUAUACCUUGCAGUAACAGCCUUCCUGCUACCUGCACUACUGGUCAGAGUAAAGUAGCAGCCUGGUUGCAGGAUUCUGAAGAGAUGGACAGAUGUGCAGAAGAUCUUGCUCAUUGUCAAUCAAACCUUGUGGAACUCAGUAAACUUCUUCAAAAUUUAGAAAUACUACAGAGAACUCAGUCAGCACCAAAUUUCACAGACAUGCAGGCUAACUGUGUAGAUAUUUCAAAGAAAGACAAGCGGGUCACAAGACGAUGGAGAACAAAAAGUGUCAGCAAAGAGGCAAAAAUUCAACUUCAGGAAGGGCCGGCACCGAAGGGGCAGUUCAGCACAACACGACGCCGGCAGAGACUAGCAGCUGCAGUGGCUACAACAGUCCCUUUCAGUGCUACAAUGUCACCUGUUCGACUGCAUUCAUCCAAUCCCAACCUUUGUGCAGACAUUGAGUUUCAGACUCCCCCAAGCCAUGUAACGGACCCUCUGGGGUGCUCUACUGAGUACAUGAAGCUUCAAGAAGAAUUCUGCCUGAUGGCACAAAAAGUGCAUUCUCUUUUGAAGUCUGCCUUUAACAGCAUAGCUAUAGAGAAGGAGAAGCUUAAGCAGAUUGUUUCAGAGCAGGAUCUUGCAGGCCACAAUGCUCAAGUAGCACACCUCAGACAGUCCCUCUCUCAGGCUCUCAACCAGAAUGCUGAACUAAGGAGUCGCUUGAACAGAAUACAUUCAGAAUCUGUUAUUUGUGAUCAGGUUGUCAGUGUAAAUAUUAUCCCUAGUCCUGAUGAGACAGGUGAACAAAUUCAUGUCAGUUUGCCACUGUCUCAGCAAGUUUCUAAUGAGAGCAGGCUCUCUAUGUCUGAAUCCGUUUCAGAGUUCUUUGAUGCACAGGAAGUGCUUCUAUCUGCCAGCUCGUCAGAAAACGAGGCUUCUGAUGAUGAAUCUUAUAUCAGUGAUGUGAGUGAUAAUAUAUCUGAGGACAACACCAGUGUUGCAGACAACAUUUCUCGGCAAAUUCUUAAUGGUGAGCUAACAGGAGGUGCUUUCAGGAAUGGACGGAGAACUUGUCUCCCAGCUCCCAGCCCUGACACCAGUAACAUCAAUCUGUGGAAUAUUUUGAGAAAUAACAUUGGCAAAGAUCUUUCCAAAGUAUCCAUGCCUGUUGAGCUAAAUGAACCUCUGAAUACCUUGCAACAUCUUUGUGAAGAGCUGGAAUACAGUGAACUCUUGGACAAAGCUGCUGAAACAGAUGAUCCUUAUGAACGCAUGGUUCUCAUAGCUGCUUUUGCAGCAUCAGGCUAUGCCUCUACAUACUUCAGAGCAGGAAGCAAGCCAUUUAACCCAGUGCUUGGUGAAACUUAUGAAUGUAUUAGAGAAGACAAAGGAUUUCGAUUUUUCUCAGAGCAGGUUAGCCACCAUCCUCCCAUUUCAGCCUGUCACUGUGAAUCAAAGAACUUUGUGUUUUGGCAAGAUAUCAGGUGGAAAAACAAAUUCUGGGGGAAAUCAAUGGAAAUUCUGCCAGUUGGAACCUUGAAUGUGACUCUUCCAAAGUAUGGAGACUACUAUGUCUGGAACAAAGUCACUACUUGCAUACAUAAUAUUCUUAGUGGAAGGAGGUGGAUAGAACACUAUGGAGAGAUAACGAUCAGAAACACAAAAAGCAGUGUUUGUAUUUGUAAACUCACAUUUGUCAAGGUGAACUACUGGAAUUCAAAUGUAAAUGAAGUCCAGGGUGUCGUGAUAGAUCAAGAGGGGAAGGUGGUUCAUCGCCUUUUUGGAAAGUGGCAUGAAGGCCUUUAUUGUGGGGUUGCACCUUCAGCCAAAUGCAUAUGGAGGCCAGGCUCCAUGCCAACCAAUUAUGAACGUUAUUAUGGCUUCACGAGAUUUGCUAUUGAGCUCAAUGAAUUAGAUCCUUUGCUGAAAGAUCUUCUUCCUAUAACAGAUGCACGAUUCAGGCCAGAUCAAAGGCUUCUGGAGGAAGGAAAUAUAGAAGCAGCAGCAUCUGAGAAACAGAGAAUAGAAGAACUCCAGAGAGGUCGGAGGCGGUACAUGGAAGAAAACAACAUUGAAUAUAGACCCAAAUUUUUUAAAAAAGUUAUUGACGCUAAUCAAAGAGAAGCCUGGGUUACCAAUGAUACCUACUGGGAACUGCGAAAGGAUCCUGGCUUUAGUAAAGUAGAAAUUCCCAUACUCUGGUAAACUGAGAAUGUAGACCUAGUAAACAUAUAACUCUGAAGAAAAAGAUAACUAUGCACAAUAUGUUUCUAAUAGCUAAGCGUGGUUUGUGGGUCUGCGGAAAAACCUAUCAUUCACAUUUAUAUUCAUCUUUAUAACGGACUUCUGAAAGUGCAUUAGACCAGGCCCCUGACCACUUCUGGAUCUUUUUAAUUUUGCAGCAGCCAUUAAAAAAAAAGGAAAAAGGGAAAAAAAAAAAAAAGAAACAGAAACCUUUUAAAGUUUCAUACAUUGAAAAUUCAGAACAAAAGAAGCAGAUGAGUUAUCCAAAGUCACUCGGAAGAGGUGGUAAAUGCAAAACUGCAACCGGUGCUUUAAACAGACAUUAAGAGUAAUGUAAUUUAAAUUAAAAAAAAAAAAAGACAAGAAAAAGAGAAAAAAAAAUCCAUUUUGUUUCAACUAUUUUUGUUCAAAACUCUUGGGUCACAGCACUGUCAUUUCUGGCUUCAGGUUAGUCCUUUGGUGUGAUGUGCUUGGACUGGCCUUUGUCAAAAAGAUAUGCUUUUCCGGAAGCUGUUCCCAUUCAUAUGCCAUUGUUCAUGCCUUAAACAAAAUAUGAAGAUGUACAGUAAGUAAUUUUAAAAUAUGUAUGCUUAGGCUUGUGUGAAAGGCAGAUUUUUAAAGCACUAGAAUUUUAUCAUUAUAUAAAUAUUGGAGAACCUGCAUUAUUUAAAAUCAAAAGACAACCAAACAUCUAACUGUAUUUCAGAGGAAUGAGAUCUACUGUACAUGCUUUAGCUUUGGGAAGCUGACUGUAUACUCAGACUGAAAAAACCUGCAAACUGCUUGAAUUUGAAACAGUUUUGAAAAAUGCAUAUGAAUUGCUGGUCAGAAAGUUCAUAUUCUUAAUGACUGACGCUGAGAUGCAAUCAUCACUUUUACCACUGGCUGGACAUAGUCUCACAGUUAAUCUCAUUUCCCUGUAACUGUUUAUACAAUUAGAAUUCCCUGAAGCUUUGCAACAGUGUUAAAAGCACAGGAAGAUUUCAUGGGAAGGACUCUGGCUUCUCUCCAGAAGCUGGAUAGUACUGUAAAUGCAGCUGUUUUCUGCCACACAUACUACUUACUGGCUCAGACUUGUCCCCAUCCACUUUUCUUAUCUAAAUUUAUAUUUGAGAGUAUGGAAGAGGCUCCUAUGCGUUGUAGCUAACAACUACUAUUUGUGUUGCCAAAACAGCUUUUGUGCAAAAUUAUAUUUUACAGUUUUUUGUACAGUGAUUCUAUAUUUUUUGAUUAAGAACCAAGUCUCAUAUGUGUUGCUAAGCCUCAGUUAAUAUAUGUGGGAGAAGGCUUGGCACUUUCUAUUGGAAAAUCUCUGAAACAUUAAACAGUAGGAGGGCAGAUUUUAAUAAAAAGAAACAAAGUAAUUUUAUUAGGUAAAAACUGCAUUCCAUAUGGUAUGAUCUAGUCUUCCAUUUAUGCAUGUAUUAUACGUCCACGCACUGAUGAUAGAUUAGAUUUCAUGCAUAUACAGUGUCUCUUUCUAUACAUACACAGCAUACUUAGUGCACUUGAUUUUUUCUAUUGAACAUUGAUUCCAGUACUGAGACCUAAAAAAAAUCAUUAGAUAGGUAUGUGAUCCUGCCAGCAGAUCUACUUGGACAGUUCUCAGUAGAUUACCACACAUACCCAGCUCUCUACCUGCUUCUGUUUUUUUGCAGUCGGGUCCCUACAGAAUUGAGAUUACUUGGUUAUUUAAUAUGCAUUUAGUUCUUCCCCUCGUUUGUAUGGCAAAGCCACUGGCAGAUCAACUAGCUAUUAAAGAAUUCCGAUUUCUUCACAUAGUUCUGUUAUCAGGAAGAACUAUGAAAACCUAAAGAAAAUAUAAAGUGGGUGUUUUAAAGAAUUGUGAAUGCUCAUGUAUCGCUUAUGAUAUUUGUUAUAAAAAAUGUGUGCAUAUUAAACAGGAUUUCUUCCAAAGAAAAUUUUGGAUCAUUCAAAGAACAAUAUCUUUUGUUUUCCUAGUUGAAACUAGUCUGAUUAUUUUAUUUUUUCAGUUCUGCAAUUAUUAUGAGAAAAUGACAAUAUAUCAAAGUUUGGUUUUUUUAUCAUAUUUGGUUAACUUCAUCCUACUUGCUUUAAUGACUUUACGCCAUGAAUUAAAUUGGCACGUUGUGUGCAAAAUAGCAAUUAAUUAUUCAGUGUCACUUUCCUUAAAAACAUUAUUAAACAUUUGCUCCAGUCUUUGUGUGCAGUUCACGGUGAUAUGAGAAAGCAUUAUGUGUGUAUGAGUACAAGUACAUUUGAGGGACAGUAACUGCAUGUCCUCAAAUUUUUUUGACAGUCAUUUUUUAAUUUAAGUAUAGAAAUAAGGUCUUUAGUUUUAGUGUUCUGCUAAUGCUUUGUGAAUGCCAUUAUUUGCAGUGCAAACUGAAACUUGGUGAAUACCAAAGAUGUUAUCACUGAUUUAAUUAAUUUUUACAAUUGUUUAUUUGACACUCAUUUAGAGAGAAAUAACAUUAGCAUUUUUAGAAUAAAAAAAAUGAUACGCUAAGUCUCUAUUGAAGACACUUUUUAAGCCUACUGAAUGUUAAAUUAAUUAUUAAGUAGAGGAAAUGCAAAACAAUGCAUCACAAAAUAUUUGCAGUCUUUAUCAGAAAUUGAAAUGUGCUAGCAGAUGUACCGUAAACCAAUUUCUUACAGUGCAGCAUUCUCUGGAUUCUGUGCGAAAUCUUUUAUUAAUGUUUUCCUGUAACCUUGGGCGAUAUUGUGACAUAUUUUGUGCUGUUUCUAAAGAGAAUGGGUUAACAGAGGAUACGUCUGGGGACUUCUAUCCAAAUUAUAAUUUGUAGACAACCUGUGAAAUUUCACCAGCACUAUCCCAGCGGGGGAUAGUGGGAUUUCCACAUCCUCUGCCAGUGGGAGAGCACACUGUUGGCUCCUUUGCAGCCUGGCACCCAUUCUAAGUGCCUGCUGCCUUCAGCAGGGCUGCUACGUGGCAUGGGAUUUUUCUGCCUCAGGUGCAGACCUUUGCGCUUCUGUUGAACCUCAUGAAGUGUCUUCUGGCCCAGUCUCAAGCCAAGGAAUGUCCUGAUUGAAGCUCUGCCAUUUGGCAUGCCAUCUCAUCCUCCUAAUUUAAUGUCAUCUGCAAACUUGUUAGCAUGUAGUCUAUGCCCUUGCCCGGGUCAGGGCAACUGGUAAGAUGUUGAUUCAUAUGGGCCACAAAAUUGAUCCCUGCAGGGCUCAUUGCUAGCUGGCAGUGGGGAGUAAACCAUUGGUCAAUGUCCUUCAAGCCUGGGGAUUUGUGCAGGUUUCUGCCCACCUCACUCCAUUCAUCCAGGCAUGAAAAAUACCAACUCAGUAGAUAUAUUGCUAUAGGUUUGGUAUGUUAUGAAAAUUAGUGCAAACCAUUUGACAUUUAAAACCUUUUAAACAAUUCAAGAAGCUCUAACUUUCACUACAAAGACAUAUCCUUUGCUUUUUACUGUGUUUUUCUUAAAACACUUAUUUCUGUAUAAAAUACACAAUCCUAUGCUUUAGUUUAAAAAUAGUGAACUGUACUUUCAAUUAAUAUUUUAGAAGUGUAACUUAAUUUGUUCCCUGUUCUGAUACUGCGGAUAUGAUAGGUUAAAAAUAGCUAUUUUCAUCAAAUGUAACGUCUUAUAAAGACUUAAAUAGCUUCAUUCCUGUUUUAGAUCUGUAUUAACAAGAUGGUAGAUUUUUUGGCAUAUUAGAAAUUGUUAUCUCACUGGGAGAUACAAUUUGAGUAUCAGUUGCUUAUCGUAUAGUAUGACUGUGAUUGAAAAGUCAUCUAGACACCCAUUCUAAUUUUAGAUAGAUGUAAGUAGCAUGAAAUAAACCUUUUUCUAUCUGGCUUUAAAAGUGAACUCCUCCUGUAAUACUCUUUUCAUCUUACAUAUAAUCUUACCUUUUUCUUUUUCUCAUUUUGAAUUUCUGACUCUGAAUGAGCUUGUAUGGCAUUUGUGGGUUUUAUUUGAAUAGCACAUGCUGGGCAUAUGGCGAGUAUUGCAGUACAUACACGUGACAGUUUUGAAAGAUACUGCCCUUAACUCCCUACUUGAACACUGUCAGACCUUUAUGGAAACAAAUUACACAAAUCUUAAGGGACACUAGGAGCCAGUGCUGGUCCUGCCCUCAUGGGUGUCUGGUGAGGAGCUUGCAUCUGGGCCAUGCCCGCUUUUCCAUGGAGGUAACAUAGGAUUUUCUCACCCUUGAACCAGGCAGAGUGGUGCCCAGCACAAUGCAGACUGCUUGUAGAUUUUCUCUCAAAAUAUCUGAAUUUUUAGAAAUACUCUGGAAGGGAGGGGAUGUUCAUUUGCACUUGCACAAUAACCAAGAGGGCUGAAUAUGCCAAUUCUCUGUGAGUUUUGCACAACUUGUUUUCACUAGCAAAGCUCUGUUAGGAUAUGGAAGGUUUGUGAGCCCUCCUUGUUUUAUAGGAUUUUGAACAUUGUCUGAUGCAGAGAUUAGCUGUUUAACGUGCUAUUGGCUGCAGUUGUAAUCUGAGGAAUUAACUCUAUUUUAAAUGUCAUUACUAAUACUGGAGCUGCAUAAUGAAACUAAAAGAGAGUUUUCAGAUUAAAUCCACCUGAAAGGAAAGGGUAUUUGUUUCUGUAAGUUAAAAUGACAGGAAGGGUUAAGUAAGAGAGUGUGACCCAGCUGGAGGAAGAAGAUUUCACAGAAGUGUGUAAGAAACACUGGAAUGGCUUCACCAGUCACCCUGUGUUAUAGACAGAUCUGGCAGAAAGCUAACAAAAUUUAUUAUGUCAUAACCACUUACCUUGAGAGCUGCUAAGGCUGAAAAUACUACUUUGUGGGUUUUUUCUUGUUUGUCAUUAAGUAACAGUCAUCAAAACUGUAUAAAACUUGAAUUUGUUUUUUAGAGUGUGUAUUAAUAAUAGUUGAGGUAGGCAGGGAAACAGUGGCAAGUAAGGUUUUUUGUUAAUGUGCUCGAAAUUGCAAAAGUAUAUUUAGUAUAAGAAGUAGUGUAAUUUUCUACUUUAUCAUCCCUGGUCUACUUUAUCACCUUCUGGUAUCAUUCAGAAGUAGUUUCAUGGAGGAAGAUCUUUUUUUCUUUUUUUUCUUUUUUUUUGGGGGGGGGAGGGGACAAGUUGGGGGGUUGUUUUUUUGUUGUGAGGUUUUUGGGGGUUUUUAACUGAAGAAUCUAGCCUAAGUGUGUUAAUAAAGAUUUAAUUAUUCCUGAGGAGGCUAUCUCCCUGGGCUGUGAAUGGCACCCAACAAGAAUGUUGCAAAUCUUGGUUAAGUGCAGACAAAUGUGACUUAUUUACAGCAAUUUAUUUUAGUUUUGCAUUAUAUAUUGUAAGGAGUCUACUUACAAAAGCAAAUACAUAAUUUGCUCUUUAAACUAGAGAAUGUAAAACACCUUCAUUAGCUUUGGUGUAAGCUAAAUCAUUCUUCCACUGAACUGAAAAGCCUUUUUUAUAAAAGGAUUUUUAUAUGGUAUCUUGCAGGUUUAAAAAGUGAUAGCAGUGUACUUGUAGGUGUCUCACCCCCUACUCUGACAAGGUUUUUUGUAUUAUAAACCCAUCUUUUCUUUAUUUUUUUUUUUCCCCCAUUCCUUGUGAUCUUUGUCGAAUCUCAGAAAAGGGAGUCAGAGACUACAGUGGAGAAACUUUCUAGUGAAACUAGUCACAGCAGCUUUGUCAGUGGCACAGCUGUAUUAAGUUUCCUAACUUUUAUGAAUUAAAAUGUCAGCAGAGCUGCUGAAUCUGUUUCAGGCAGGUUAUCUUAACACCAUUUUUGUUUCCACUGAUCCGUGACAGCAUGAAAAAAGGGAAGAUUGUUGACAUUUGCUCAGUAUUAAUUCUGAAGGUGAUAAAUAAUUUUCUAUAAAUAAAAAAUACUGUAGCCAGCAUUUGGCUGAAGGGGCAUUGGUAAUGUGGACAAAGAGAGCUACAUAUUUUAUAAAUAAGGACACCAUAAAGUUGGAAUAUAUAGUCAGCAGUGUGUAAUAUAGAAUGUCUAUAUUCAUUGAAGUAUGGUAAAGCUACUUAGUAGUACUCCUGGAGCAGUGAUCCAGAUGUUGUCUCCUAUGAAACACUAAAACGUAUUUCCAUAUUAACUGCUACUAUUAAUGGUCUGCCUUAAUGAAAAAGGUACAUCUUUUGUAUGUGUGUGUAUAUAUAAACACACAUAUGUAUGUAUGUGUGUGCAUACAUAUAUAUAUUUAUAUAUAUAUAAUGUUGCUGGCCCAGAAUGUUAGGGAUGCAAAAAGGGAACAGGCAAGGAAUUCUUUCAGAAAGUCAGAAGCAGGUAACUUAUCUUAUACACCUUGAGCAUCAAAAUGAUGUAAGUACUGUACAAGAGCAGCACACACAGUGAUAAAUAUUCAACCAAAACUAUUCUUCUUUACUGAGGUACUUGCUCCUUGUGCCUGUCAGUGUAGACACACACACAUUUUUUUUUGAAAUUGCAUUGCUAUUUAUGAUUGUGCUUGUGGCCCAGGUCUUGAUUUGUCAGGUCCACAGAGGAGAAUCAGCAUUAGAGUCAGGACUGCAAACUCAGAUUUCUUUUCUGUGCUGAAUACUCUCUCUCUUCCUUUGUUAUGUUGGCCCAAAUAAGGAAUAUUACAGUAAAAUUAACAAAAUUAAUAUUAGUUUAAUCGUCAGUAUUUUCCAGGCAAAGGAAAUUCAGGAGAAAUACAGAAAAUAUCUUCAAUUACCUUUGUAUUUGCUUAAUAUUUUAUAAAAUAUUUUGAGACUGGAUCACCAAUAAUAAAAUUGUACAUAAAUAUAUUAAACUUGCUUUGCCACCUGUCUUGAAGUCAACACUGAAAAUUGUUCUUCCAAUUUGAGGUUAAAAAUUACAUCUAGUUCUUCAAAUAACUGCUACUUGUAUCCUUUAGUGGUUGAAAUAUAGUACAACAAAUUCAGAUCACAAUAAAUUUUAUUUUCAUCUGAGUUUCAAACAAGACCUGACUAUGAGCUGAGAAAUAAAUGCUUAUGAAUGUAUUUUGGUAUGCAGGUAUGCAAAAACGGCAACUUCUACCUUAGUUAGGCUUUUGCUCUAAUUAGCAAAACCACUGCUCUUAUUCCUUUAUGAUUAUUUCCAAACUAAUUAUUUUCAAAUGUUCAUUCCUCACUAAGAAUUAAUUACAUGUGAAGUUUGAGUUUUAAAAUUUAAGCAAUGUUUUGAACUCCACAGACAUGAAGAUUGGUGCUUCAGUCUUGCACCUAAUUCUCAGAUCUUUCUAAUCAGCUCUCAGAGUGGGCUGGACCUAUAGUGCUUACUCACUAAAAUUUCAUCCUUGGACCAAACAGAAAUAUCAGUGCGCUUUCCCAGAUGCGAUUCUUCUUUGUAUAUUGAUUUGUGUCUAUGUUAUUUACUAUAAAAUAAGAAAUCAAGCUGCUCAUAUCCGAUGUCUAAAAUCUUUUCCUUCACCAAAAUGUAUAGCAAACUUUUUGUUCUUUAUCUGUUACUGCUAGAUUGUCUGAAGUGGAUACUUUAUUUAGCACAUAAAAAGCUGUCAUUAAAUUAAACUUCUGUGGUAUCCAGGGAGAUCAUUAUGAUAGUUCUAUGUUAGGAUAUUACAUAUAUUUUCUUUGUUGUAACCAAUAGAAAGAUUCUUCUUUUGGUCUUUAUCUACGUUGCUUUGUUUAAUUAACUGAUGAAUUAUGAUAUCUCAGUAUUUUAAGAGCAAAGAAUUCUGUAUUUUCUCUCACCUUUGCACAAAGUUAAUAUGAAUCGGAAAUAAUGUCACUUUUUUUUUGUGAGAUUAGAUCCCAUAUGCACAUAUAUGAAAUGUAAUAAAUUUUAGUUAUACCUUGCUCAGAUGCUGAAAAUGCCAUUAGAAGAGUAAGGUUUAGAUGGUUGCCAAUUUUACAUUGCCUUACUGAGCUGCUUUGCUUGUAACAGCCUUUAAUUUCAGAUGGGAAAAAGCCCUGCAACAAUUCUUUAGCGAGUCAAAAUGCAAAAAUCUAAAUAGCUAAAAGAGCAUUCUUUGCUGAUUGCCCAUACCCCUGUGCUCAUCCUACAGCGCCGCCCUCACCCCCGCCCCCCGCAAUCUGGUGAAUUCUUGUACACCUCUGUGUAGCAUACUUGUAAAAUGAGGUCCUCAAGAGUCUCUCCAUUGGGAUUAUGCUAUUAUGUCAGCUAGAAAGGUAUACAGAACCUUGCUUUGCAGUGUUUAAGAUGGAUUUUAAAGGCAAAUAGUUGCUUUCUAGAAGCUUAGCAAAUAGAGUCAGAACUGCUUUUGAAUACUGGUUAGACAAGAGUCUGUUUUAGAGGGAAAGAACAGACUGUAUUAGAAAGGGUGGUGUUUCUAGGUGCACCAGAUUUUUUUUUUCUGUUGUUUGAAAGCAAUAGAAAACUAUUACUUAGGGAAAGAAAGAAAGAAGCAUUUAUGUACUCGGCUACCUAAAUGAUGCAGAAGGUGUUACUUUUGAGCACUGUAAUAUUAAACUUCACCUGCAGCACCUUUAAUUUUAUGCUCAGAAAUUCACUGUGGACUUCCAUAAUGAGAUGAAGAAAAAAAGGAAACUGGGAAAAAAAAAAAAGUCAGUACUAUAAUUUCUAAACAACUCAAUAGAAAAUUGAUUUGCAAAUACUUGUUUUGAAAACUAUGAAAGCUACUUGAAGUAUCACAAUUUUUUAAAGCACAAGUUUAGUCCUUCAUGGUACAUUCAGUAAUUUAACAUUUGAAAACAUAAAACUUGAUUGAUCUUGAUUGCUUUCCUGCAAAUGCAUUCAUUUGUGCUUGACUAUUUAUAAGUUUGGGAUAUCUUUCAGGAUGAUUCUUCUUUACAUUUUAUCAAUUCUGACUCUAAAUGCUGUUUGUAAUUGUGCCUGUAAAAACAAUUGUAUUGCUUACAGUUACUAAGCAUCAACAUCUGAGGAAUGACAUGGGUAGGAUAUAAUUUGUACAUUCUAAAUCUAUAGACUUUUAUUACAGUUAAUCAGCAAUACACAACUCAGAUUUUUAUUUUGUUUCUUUUCCUGCUUCAUCUGCUUGGACUCUGAUCUUACACUGGCAUCGAUAUGUGUUUAGCAUAAACAUUGCAAACAUUCUCAUUGAAUUCAGUUUAAAAGGUGUAGAUACUAAAGUUCAAAAAAAGAGAAUCAAUAGUGACGUUCCUAAGAAAUCAAAACAAUGUAUCUGGUUACAUCAGAUGCUAUAGUACUUGAUUUUUAAUUCCUACAUGCUUAAAUGAAUGAGCACCUAUGCAGAUGAGGCUGAGAUGCUGUUGGUACAACUCAGUGAGCUUCCAGCUGAGUGGAUGAUCUGGCUGCCCGAAUCUGUUUCAGCUGUGGGCCUAUCUUACAGUCAAGCCUAGAUACUCAAAUAGUUACACUUAAGAUUAAUUUUGAAUAUGUGCACUGUCUUGUGGAAGGUAAAUGUGUGAAAUACAGCUGGUUUGACUGCUUGCCAAUCAGAGCAAUAUAUUUGACUUUCCUUUGACUCUCUUGGAUUUUGGAUUUAUUCUGAGGUUUGUAUUUUUUAAAAAGCAGUUAGCUUCAUGUCUCUGCAAAGCUCAAUUAUAUAAGACAUUUGGAAAAAAGAACAUGAGAUUAAAUCAAUGACAAUUCAUCAUAUUAUGUCUCACUCUGACAAGCUCAAUUUUAAGAAUAUUUGCAUUUCUUAUACCUGUUUCCCUGUACUUUCCCCAGGAUGGUGCCAGCCCAGAGCGAGGGUUGCUAGUACUGUAUGCCCAUCAGAAAGGGAGAGUAAUCUUUGUUAUUUGCAAAGAAGGAAGUGGCUAACUAAGAGCAUGCACCUAAUCUCAGCCUAGAAUAACAUGAAUGUGAGGAAGUGCCUCCCCUCUCUCCUUCUAGGGUUUAGCACAUGAAUAGAAUUGCUUUUUUUUGGUAUAUCAAGUUCUCUGGCUACUUCAGAGAUUGAACCUAGUCAGGAAGGAGCAGAAUUAAAAACAGUUUUAUCCCACAUAAUGCAGCUACAACACUUAUUCUGUGUCUUUGCACUCAUGGAUUGGUUUUGAACAUACUGUUGUAGUAAUCCAGAAUGAGAUGAGGCCUCACGCUGACUACCUCUCAUGCAAUAAACCCCAAGCUCAUAUAGUAGUUAAUAUUGAUUACAGUUGAGCAUCUUUUGGCCACAUGAUUCAGGGAGGUACUAUGGGGGGAAUAGUAAUUUAAUUACUAUUUAAUUUAAUUAAGACUUUAUUCCAGUGAUGUAUGUGGUAUACACAAUAUCCAUAAUACCGACUCCAACUGAGAGAGGUCCUACAGCUUCUGGUAGGAAAUAAAGGUGAACCUGGCUUUGCUAUAGUUUAUGUUGUGCUCUAAAAUGUAACAAAAGAUGUCAUCUGUUUCCUUCAGGCUGAUCUGGACUUACCAGGAUAUUGUGUCCAAAACACACACACACGCAAUUCUAGUUAUUGAGGGAACAUGACGCUUCUUUACCUGUUGCAAUGUAGUUGGAUAAUGCAUGUACAAAUGACUUGUUUAGCCUGCCAAUGAAUGUUGCUAAUGCCUUACCAAAAAAAAAAAAAAAAGCGUAUUUUUUGUAUUGUUUUCCUCAGAGGCAAAUCCAAACAAUGCUAGAUUUGGGAAACUGUUUACUGAAAAGCAUUUUCUAAUAGAUCUCUGAAGAAGUGCAAUUGUAUAAUUAUUAUUGUUCAAUGCAUACAGUACCUUGUCUCCAUCACUCUGUACACUGCUGCUAUUAGUGCUUGUUCUAAUAAAUCUCAAUGUACACUGUUUAAA